GCUCUACAAGCUGGCAAAGUUUCAUUAAUAAGUGAGUGUAACACUUGGGUAGUUCCCCUCGUCAGUACAAACAGCAUCAUGAACAAAAACAGUAUUAAUAAAGGAAUAAUUUCUUAUAUGUAUUUAGAAAAUUUCGUAACUUAUAAUAGCGUUUCUCUAAAACCUGGGAGAAAUUUAAAUGUAAUUAUCAGACCUAACGGUACUGGUAAAUCUACAAUUGUUUGUGCCAUUGUUCUUGGAUUAGGUGGUAAACCUACUACCAUUGGGCGCGCAACCCAUGUAGCGGAAUAUGUUAAAGCAGGAUGCAAACAAGCAAAGAUUGAAAUACAUCUUACAAAUGGACAGAAGGAUGACAUUGUCAUUUGUAGACAAUUUAGUAUACAGGGGAAAUCUUCGUGGUUAUUAAAUGGAAACUCUUCAAACAUUAAAGAAAUACAAAAUCUAACAAAGACUUUAGAUAUUCAGGUGGAUAAUCUUUAUCAAUUUCUUCCACAAGACAAAGUUCAAGAUUUUUCAAAAAUGAAUGCACAAGAAUUAUUCGAAUAUAUAGAAAGAUCAGUGGGUGAUCCUAUAAUACUUGAACAUCAUACAAAGUUACUAAACUGUAGAUCAGAACAUAAACAGUUGGAGUCACAGAUUACAAGUAAAAAAAGAUUAUUAGAAUCAAAAUCUCAGAUAUACGAAGGACUAAAAGAAAGUGUUAGCAGUAUAAAAGAAUGGAAAUUAAUAAAGAAAAAAAUUAUAUCUUUGAAGCAGAAAAAGGCAUGGAUGAUAUAUGAACACAAACGUGCAGAACUGUUUCAGUUAAAAAGCAAAAUGGCAGCUGCACGUAAAAAAGUAGUAUCUUUAGAAUCAGAGAUAAAAUCUAUUAAUGAUUUAAUAGAAAAACUAAAAUCAAAAAUUCACUUAAUUCAGAGCUCUCAGGCAGAUGUUAAUAAUAAAGUAAAAAUUAAGACUUCGAAGAUGAAAGGAACGUUGAAUGAUAUUUUGGAAUUCGAGAAUGGUAUUAAAGAACACGAAACUGCAUGCAAACACAGAAUUCAAGUAGAAGAAGCACUGGAUCAUGAUAUUGACGUGGUUAAGCAACAAAAAAAUAAACUUGAGGAUGAUUUGUCUUUGAUAUUAAAGGGCAUUGGGUCUGAAGACACAUUAAUGAAACAGCAAAAAGAAAUAUCGUCCAAUAUAGAAAAGCAUAGGAGUAUCAUUGCCAUGCUAUCAAGUAAACAUUCCGCGUUAAGACAACAAGAUAAAGGUAUGAAUCUAGAAAUCAGAGUUCAGGAAACGGAACUACAACUUCUUAAUACUGAUGCUAAACGAUUGCAAUUAUUAAGGGAGAGAUUAUUGGAUACAUAUAAAGCGGUACAUUGGUUAAGAGACAACCGCGAUAAGUUUUCUGGGAUAAUACACGAACCGAUAUUGCUCAACAUAAAUGUAAAAGAUGCUUCAUACGCAAAAUACUUAGAAAAUACUAUUCCGUAUCGCAAUUUAAUCACGUUCGUUUGCGAAAACAAGAAAGACAUGAAUUUAUUUUUAUAUUUCUUAAGAGGCGAGCAGAAAUUACAAGUAAAUGCUGUACAUUCUGAUCCCACGAAACAUAUUUCCAUGGAACCAAAUGUUCCUUUAGAACAUAUUAAACAGUUCGGUUUUACUCAUUAUUUAGCGUCACUGAUUGAAACACCGAGCACUAUUAUGAAAUAUUUAGUGACUAUGUAUAAUUUAAAUAAUAUACCCGUAGGAACAAAUCUUGUUGAUGAUAAUAUUGAUUCUAUACCCCACAAUAUACGUUACUACUUCAGUCGAAAUAAUGCGUAUACAGUCAAUAGAUCUAAAUACACAGGGGAGAAAUCUACUAUAAUGCGAUCAGUUUCAAGCAAUGGAAUGUUAUCUAUUGUAUUAGAUAAAUCUAAGUUAUCAAACAUUGAACAAAAGUUGACAAGAUUAAAGAAAGAAAAAGUUAAUGCACUUAAUAAAAUGAAAGAAAUCGAAGAACAAAUGUGUGAAGAGAAUAAAAAAUUAGAUGAGCAUAGAGCUAGUAGAAAUAAGAUUCAACAGGAUUUCCAACAAGUACAAGUUUUGAAAUCUAGAAUAUCUGUGGUGGAGAAGAAAAUUGAAAGUCUAGAAAAUGAACGUACCAGUAUUGAUAAAAUAAAAGAGCUUUUUACUAAUAAAAUUAAGGAUGUUUUGAACAAACAACUAAGAAUGUAUAGAACAUACAAUAAAGAGCUCGAGGAAUAUUAUAAAUACACUAUAGAAAAUGAACAAACCGAGUUAAUAUUAAAACUACAAAAUAGAUCACUGAGAAUGAAAAUAAAUGAUUCUCAGGAUAUGAGAGAUAAACUUAAGAUAGAAGAGGAGAAAGUACGACAAAUUAGUUUAGAAUUGAAUCCAAUGAAAAAUGAAACACAAAGGAUUUACAAUGAAGCAUUGCAAACUUCUAAUGGCAUUAGUCCUACAGAUAAAAGGUUUGCCUCUCUGGAUAAGGUUUUCAAUAAAUUGCCACCAACCAUUCAAGAACUUAAUAAUGAACUUAAUACAGUAAAACCUGGAUAAAUGCAACCAAGAUUGGGACCCAGUGGUUGCAUUUAUCCAAGCGAGGUGUCGAAUCUCGGGUUACACGCGACGACCAGCCAAGCGUGAACGUAGAAAGGAACAGACAGUGGCGGAAAGAGAGAGGUCCGAUGAUGAAAGGAAAGAGCCGAAACGUGUCGGUGUGACUAAUGCUAAUUCAACUACAGUAAAAGCUGGAUAUAUGCAACAAAAGUUUGGCUGGAUAUAUGCAACAUCGCUAUCCCCUCCACUUGGGGGGAUCCCCCUAAGCCGAACCGAGCCGCUCGGCGAGGAAACCGUGUAAUAUGAUCCGACCGUAAUAUCGGUGUGACUAAUACUAAUUGAACGAUCAAACUUUUUUAUUUUUAACUUUAUUCCAUGUUUGAUUGUGAGUCGAGCAACACACGGUGUGAUUGAUAGCAAAAAUUGUAAAAAUAACUAAGUCGCGGUAUUUUCAGUGAUAGAUUUGUAUUCCACGAAAAAAUAAAUAUCUAAAAUUACCACAAUAGUAUAUAUAAAUUUGUCCAUUGCUUGACACAGUCUGCGACCUUUCAGAAUAUUCGGGGUCUGUUUUCUGUUAUAAAGUCUUGCCGUAAAACUUUGAAAAAGAAAGGACAGUCAGUGAUGGGCCAUGAUGGGGUAUGUGCGGACAAUGACGCACUCAGGAUUUAUUCUUGGAGGGAGCUAAGUUGAACGAAUAAAAAUAUUUUUAAUACAAAAAACAGUGUUAUUAAUAUGUUACAUAAACAGUAACACUACUUUAAUUAGGAACAGAUUUUGGAAAAUUUUCUGUUGUUCUCCUUCCUUUUUCUUUGAGGGAUGCUAGAGCCCCUUAGCCCCCCUUGAGUGCGCCAGCGUCAGCGCGGGUAUGCAAGGACACAAGCUUUUAAACGUUUGGGACGUUCGACUCUGUUCACCACAUGGCAGAAUAAGAGAAUACUAGUAUGUCAUUCUCUGUUAAAAAUGUCUACUUUCGCUACCUGUGAAAAAGGUAAAAAUGCCCACCUGUUAACAGUCUGCUAAGAGACGAGUCUCUGUUAACAGUUAAAUGAUAUUUUUGGUUUAAGAAUCAUUAUUUUAUAAAUAUAACAGUAAUUUUCGAAUUAUUUUUUAUUCAAUUCUUCUAUUUUUUUCAGAAUGUUACGUACCAAAUAUUCUUAUUUUUCAUAUAUUUAUGUAGUAU